AUGGUAGAAAAAGAUGAGAUGCUACGAAGAUGUGAAAAUUAUAAGAAUCUGAAUUCAAGCGAUACAAACGAAUCAAAUCGACAGCUGGAAGAAGUUGAGGAAAACCAAAAAUCAAAUUUUCAUCAAAGCGCUAAUACUACUACUACUACUACUACUGCUGCUGCUGCUACAACUAUACAGCGAGACAAAAGAGUAGAGCAAGAAAGGCCAACAAAGUCUUACCUGCAUGGUUCUAAUAAUACUUUCCAUACUACCUUUUCAUCAACAUUACACCCAAAUCGCACCAACCACGAACGAAUGGACUAUGACUCAGCGCUAAUAUCUAUUACCUCAAAAACCAAUUCUCGAGAUAUCCCUAAUAAGGAGAGCUUCUCUAAUAGUUCUACCCCAACAGCUCAAGAAGAACCAGUUGACUCCUUUUAUGAAAGAUUUAUUAUUGGCGAUAUUGUGAGAAAUUUCCUGCCUGCGUAUUUUGUACUGGUUAUGGGAACUGGUAUAUCGUCAUCGUUACUAUACCAUUUUCCCUUCCCGGCGCAGUGGCUUAUCGAUAUAUCUUAUAUCAUGUUUGCCGUGGCGUGUCUACUAUUUAUAUGCAACACGGCUCUCUUCAUAAUGUCGUGCAUCUAUUUCCCAGGGAGACUUCGUGCUUAUCAUAUUGAUCCACUGCAUGCAUCUUACAUGGGAUGUUUUUCUAUGGGAUACAUAACACUCGUCAACUAUAUUGCAACAAUAACAAAGGCGCACCAUAUGUAUUUGGUGUGGACAUUAUGGUGGAUAGCAGUUGCUUCAGCAAUGUACACUGCAUUUAUUAUAGUCUAUCUAGCCUACUUCUCGAAACUAAAUAAAGUCGAGUUGGACGCCAAGUUGAAUGCUACACUUUUGCUUCCCAUAGUGGCAAUCACCGUUGUCUCCUCACUGGGUCAUUCUAUUGAGUUGAAUUUGUAUCAUAAAAACGAAAUUGUCACUACAAUGAUUGUCAGUUUUAUGCUUUGGUGUCUUUCUGUGUCCUUGGCUUUUAUGAUUAUGACCAUAUACGUAUGGAGGUUGAUUGUACAUAAAAUACCUCCUACAAAGCUUAUCUUUACCGGAUUUCUACCUGUGGGGUUUUUGGGUCAGUCGUCUUAUUCGGUGUAUUUGUUUGGAAAUAAUUUAAACGAGUACAUCCCAGAGGAGCUUCUAUAUGGGAAAAUCCUAUUAUGCAUUUGUGGCUUCUUUGCAAUGUUUUUGUUAUCUUUGGGAUAUUUCAUGACCUUCAUUGCGAUAACAUCUAUACUUAGCAAAAUUCGGCCGUUUGCUAAUACACCAAAUAUACAGAACACGAACAAACUAGGAAUGUUGAAGCAUCACAAGGGCUUUUGGGCAAUGACUUUCCCCUUGGGAACUAUGGCUCUCGGAAACACAGAGAUUGGCAAUGGCGGUAUUGGAGAUUAUCCGUUAUUGGCAUUUAGGUACAUGGGUGCAAUUUUUGCUGUUGCAUGUAUUAUCAUUACCACUAGCUGCCUCAUGGGUCCCCAACAAGUGGUCUUUGACGAAUUACAUACAUGGAGACAAAUUCAGCAUUACUUUGAUGGUACUUUUUAUCUUGACGUGCAUCCUCCCCUUGGGAAACUUGUUUUCUAUUUGCUUAGCCGAAUUGGUGGAUGGAAGGCAGUAACCUCGUUUGACUCUAUUGGACAAACUUAUAUUGAUGAGCCGUUUGUUUUGAUGAGGAUGUUUUCAAGCGUUUGCGGGAUUUUGAGUGUGGAUUUAUUCUAUAUGAUAAUGAGGUUGGAAAAUAAUGGCUAUGCUAUGAGUAUGUGCAGUUCUUUACUCAUUUGUUUUGAGAACUCAAUGAUUACUCAAUCUAGAUUUAUUUUGGUGGAUGCGAUGUUGCUCUUGGGUCAGAUCAUGGUUAUAUUCACUGUUAAGCUGUUUUUGAAAGUGAGUUUUUAUUCUUGGUCUUGGUGGGCUGGUUUGCUUGGGUGCGGCAUUUCUAUUGGAUGGACAAUCUCGAUAAAACUAAAUGGUUGGUUAACUUUGAUAUGGGUUGGUAUCUUGAUUUUGCAUGAAGUAUGGGAAAUGCUUGAUGAUUUAACUAUAACUACCAUGGCAUGGUUCAAACAUGUAACUAUACGAGUGUUUGGAUUUCUCCUUUUACCAUUAACGAUAUAUUGCGCUACAUGGUCCACUUUUCAGGGUUACCACCCUGAUCCAGUCGAGGUGCUAUAUGGAAGCACAAUUACUUUGAAACAUACCAAUUUGGAGAAAUACCUUCAUUCACAUGAUGCUACCUACCCCAAAGGCUCAAAUCUACAACAGGUAACUUUGUAUGAAUUUGAUAACGAUGCAAAUAAUGAGUGGGUAAUAGAGACUCCUCAUAAAUACUAUGAAGAAAGGAUAAUGAAACGAGUUACGCCAGUUAAAGAUGGUGACACUAUUAGACUUUAUCAUAAGGCCACUGGACAUUACCUUCACGUGAAUGACAUUCGUCCGCCCAUAUCUGAACAUGAGUAUUCCAACGAGGUCAAUUGCAACGAAACUAGAGGACUACUAGGUAAUUCAGAAUAUGAGUUCAAAUUACGAAUAGUAAGCAAGAAAAGACACCUGGUGAACAAUCUUCCCAUGAUCAAAUUAAGAGCAACAGAAACUAUAUUUCAAUUAGUCCAUAGAGAUCAAAAGUGUUUAUUAAUGAGUCAUGCUACUAGACUACCACUGUGGGGCAAGGGCCAGAAUGAAGUGUUGUGCGUUAAAGAAGGAACGAUUCCAAAUUCGUUGUGGUAUGUGGAGAGAAAUACUCAUCCAAUGUUGGAGCAGAUAGGUGAUGCUAUAACUAAAGUUGACUUUAGCCAUUCACCCUUUACCUUUUGGCACAAAAUGUGGGAGAUACAUUGGGCAAUGAUGAGAUUAAAUUCGGGAUUUACUGAAAAUCAGCCAUCAGCUUCUACUGCAGAGUCAUGGCCUAUAUUGAAAGAUGGAAUUCCAUACUUCCAAUCAGUAGCUACGCUAUCUCAUGAUGCAAGCCAAGUAUUCUACUUGGGAAACAUCUGUCUUUAUUAUACCAGUUUUAUCUUUAUGGUGAUUUGUCUUGUAAAGACAUCAUUCCACAUAGUUUGGAAUAUGAAUCCAUACACUCAACAUGUGGACUCCCCUACAAAGACUCGAUUUUAUCAAAAUGCGAUUCAAUAUCAACUAGGUUGGAUAAUUCAUUAUUGGCCAUAUUUCUUCAUUUCAAGAAAUUUAUAUUUGCAUCAUUAUUUACCUGCUUUGGUGUUUGCAGUCUUGAACAUGGCGGAGUAUAUCAAUUACCAAAAGAAGCACAUAAGGGCAAGCUUGAUGUUAUUGAUAUUAAUGGGUGUUGUGUACUGCUAUUGGAAGGGUGCGCCUUUGAUUUAUAAUCUCCCAUGGAGUUCAAAAGAAUGUUUGGAGCAAAGUUGGUUACCUAGUUGGAAUCUCAACUGUAAUAUAUACUCCUCAUGA